AUGACGCCCACACCGCCUUCGGCGACCACUUCAUCGACCGGUCGGUCGCCUGAACCGCAGUUUCGCGUCGUCCAAAAUGCGACAGGUCUCACCCAUGUAGCAACUGUACCAAGCGCGAAGGGACAGAACCAGGGAGAGCCGACUCCGGACGACAUGCAAAACCGUAUCGACAGAUUGGAGGGUCUUGUAUUAUCCUUGAUGCACGGCGGGGCCAAUGUUGAUGCGCCCUCUUUGCCUGGCGGUUCUUCCAUCUCGUCUGGCGGCGCUGGUUCCGGUGCCUCGCCUUCUACCGCGGACAGCAGCUCACUACCAGCAAAAAGUAGAGGGCACGACGACGAGGGCGCGAUGCAGGAUGACGACGAAAGCGACAUUGACGACGGGCUCGCCAAGUCCCUUGGAGUCCUGAAAAUGGACCCAGUUCGAUCAAAGCACGUGUAUCUCGGGGAAGAGCAUUGGCACACCAUCUUGAGCGAUAUUGCCGAAGUCAAGAAUUACUUUGCAAGCCAUAAGAAGGAGCUUGAGAAUAGCUACGAGAAAAUCCGGCUAGCGAAGCCCGAGGUCUCCAGCCAGCCGCCGAGUAUACUCUCGGGCGUCGCCCCUGCGAGCGAGGUCGAACUUCGGGCAGAGUUGCCGCCCAAGUCGACGGUCCUAGCCUUGUGCGGGAGGUACUUCAACUCAAUGGAUAACGCUGCCAACAUCCUGCACGGCCCGUCAUUCCAGCAGCAGCUUCGAGACCACUGGCAAGACCCGUCCAAGACGCCCAUAAUGUGGUUGGCCCUAUUGUACGCAGUCAUGUGCCUGGCCUUGAUGAGCUACCACAAGGCGGGGGACGAACCGGCCGAGUUGAAGGGCAGGGUGCUUGAGUUGGCGCACGAGUACCGGUUGAGAACGGUGCAGUGCUUGAAUGUCGGCGACUAUACAAGGCCGGCGCAAUACACCGUCGAGGCUAUGAUGCUCUACACCUUCUGCGAGUACUCGACUCGCUUCGAUGCCGACUUGGGCAUAUGGAUCAUUGUAUCCAUGGUAGUGAGGGUUGCUAUGAGGAUGGGCUAUCACCGAGAUGGCAAGUCGUUUCCAAACCUCACCCCCUUUGAGGCGGAAAUGAGACGUAGGACCUGGUCUUUCGUGAGGAUGAUGGACAUCUUCUAUUCGCACCAUCUAUCCCUGCCGAGCAUGAUCUCGGAACACGACUGCGACACCGAGUUGCCCCACAACAUCUACGACGAGGAAUUCGGCCCAGACACGAAAGUGUUACCGGCCUCCAGACCUAACACUGAACCGACACCAAUCAGCUACAUGGUGUCCAAAGUCAAGCUGUGUUUCCACCUCGGCAUCAUUCUGCAGGCCACAAGUCGGGUAAAGGACCAGGUACAUUACGACGAUAUCCUUCGGUUUGAUGCCAAGUUGCAGGACAUUCGGGCUGAGCUCCCGCCUCACUUGAGGAUGCAGCCGCUCGACAGCUCAACCCCGCUGACGUCGGUCAUGGCCCGCUUCCACCUGGAUGUUCUCUAUCUCAAGAUCAUCUGCGUGCUGCACAGGAAGUACAUACCGCGAGCGAGAAACAACCCCAGGUAUGCCCACUCACGGCGCAGUGCAAUCGAGGCGUCGCUGGCAACGCUACGGCAUCUGGCGACUCUGCAUCGGGAGUCGCAACCCGGCGGGCUCUUGUAUUCUAUUAAGUGGUUCUUCAAUUCGGUCACGACCAAGGACUUCCUCCUUCCUGCCAUGCUGGUCGUUUCGGACUUGCAUUUCGAUAACGCAUGUCCGCAGACGUCGGGGCAGCCUGACGCCCAGGGCUCAAACUUUUGGACAAGAGAACAGCGCCAAGAGAUGAUCAACAGCCUGGAGCUGACAAGGGACAUAUGGAAGGAGCUGUCCGACGUUUCGAUUGAGGCACUCAAGGCCUCCAAUGUCCUUGAGAUUAUGCUGAUCAAGAUCAAGAGUCUUGGGGGGGCGGACGGACCGACACGUGCUUCAGGACCUCGUGGGUCCGGUGACUCGACAAAUUUGCAGCCAGGGCAACCAGGGCACUUAGGGGAUAUGGGGCGAAGCAUGCACUCAGGUGCAGCGGUGUCGGGGUCCUCCACGGCUUACAAUGGGGCUCAGUCCUCCAUGGGCUCGAAUGGGUAUGGGGCCCUCAAUAUGGGCAUGGACGUAGGAAUUACAGGCACAAAUUCCGGGGGGAUGGGGAGUGCCACUGCACCGAACUUCGCCAACCCCAUGCUGGGUUUUGACAGCGUACAAUCCCCACUGACCAUGUUCGAUAACAUGGCGAGCAGUACCCUGGACUUUCCAGACCACAGUUUCGACUGGGAAUCGUUUGAAAACUUUACCCACACUGCAAAUUGGGGAAGCGAGUCCCUCCAGUUCUUUCCUGGCAACCCGGACCAGCAGCAACAACAAGCGUCGCAAGAUGGGACUCAGUUUCCCUAUAACCUGGAUUUAGCGGGGCCAAGUUGA